AUGAACGGUCCUCGUCGGAAAGUACCUCCACCUCCCCCGAGGUAUAGCCUUCCCAAAUUGCCGGAAACGCUUGAGACACCUGCGUUGCCCCCUCGCAGACCAAAGCAACCGCCCUUGCCGUCAGUAAAUAGUGACCUCGCCAGGUUACUUGCUCGCCGCCCGCCCCCACCCCCUAGACGCUCGACGCGCUCUGUCCCGUUGGACCACUCUCGUGAAGAAUUCCAACACCAACAUAAACCUCCCAUUAAGCCCAAUUAUACACCUCCUCCUAUACCAAACUUCGCAACUAAGCCAGUUCUUGUUGCGCAAGUUAUCACCCAAAGCGAUCCAUCAUGCUUGGAAUGUCGCGACUUCUCAUCCGUCGACGCCCAUGCCGCAUGUUACCCCCGCCAUUCGGUCGUGUCCUUGGAAUCCUUAUCUCAGGAACUCACAGAGCCUUUCGGCAGCGAGGUAGACAAGGCCAGGGCAAUAUUUACUUGGCUUCACCACAACAUUGCCUACGACGCUGAGUCGUUCUUCUCCGGAAAUAUCAGACCUGCAACGCCAGAGUCUACGCUGUCGUCAGGCGUCGCUGUUUGCGACGGAUAUGCAGGACUUUUCAAAUACCUUGCAGAGUGUAUCGGUUUGCAAGUGCACAAGGUGACGGGUCAUGGCAAGGGUGUUGGUUACGCUGCACUUGAGCCCAACGAUCCCAUCCCUCCCAAACAAAUGAAUCAUGCAUGGAAUUGCAUUCUAAUGGAUGGCGAGUGGCACCUUAUCGAUUCCUGUUGGGGUGCUGGAUACCUCGACGGUGCGACGUACACUCCACGCUUCACGCCGACGUGGUUUACUUCUCCCCCACUUGAAUUCGGCAGGCGUCAUUUUCCAGACGAUCCAACCUAUCAGUUACUGUCAGAGGACGAGGGUGGUCCAAUCACAUGGGAAGAGUAUAUAUGCGAGCCAGAGGGACCACAGCUUUUCCGGAACUUUUAUGAUCUCGACCUUCACCCCUACUCCCUUCAACCUUCCACUAAGAUGAUAGAGGGCGGGCGAUUUACCACGUUCAUUGUCAACAAACGAUGCGAGCAUAUGUCGACAGCCGAGGCUGACAACUAUGUCUUUCUUUUAAACACUGGGUCAGGGGCGUCGGUUCCCUUGACCAAUACCCAGGGAGGUUGGAGCGUCACAUUGAACAUUCCACCAAGUACUGAGGUGACUCUUCUUUCUGUCACUGUUAUAUCAGACCAAGAUGCAAAGGGCCUUGGUGUGUUUGGAUACCAGAAUUCCGUUGGUAGGAAGGGUAUGUCGUUUGGUGUGUUGGCAAGGUGGACAUCCGAAUGA